AUGUCAAGCCCCAUCAGUCGCACAGAGUCACCGUCUCUCGACGAGCACAAGCGAAAGCGCGAGGAACUCACAAAGAAGCCCGAAGGAGCUUCGACAUCUGAGAUCGAAGGCGAAGGCGAUGUUGAAGCUGUUCCCCCAAAGAAAAUCAAACCUGAGGUCGACGCAAGCGAGACAGUCUCCAGGGCCGAGGUUAAACAGAUUCAGCGCAACUUGAAGACGAUGCCCCUGGAAGACAGCAGCAAGUCCGCGGAAGAAUCCAAAGAUAUGGAUGAUGUUGAGAGUGAUGUGGGAAGCCCCGAGGACGGAGCACAGGACAAACAGAUGGAAAGCAGCUCACAGCCAACACCCAUCAAAGCCGACACCCCGGACGAGAGCCAACCAUCCCCAUCAUCUGACCAGGAGUGUGAACAAACUAACGAUAGCAACGGCAAAGCAAAGACAACGGACCACACCACGACAACCACCUCCGGAUCUCAGCCAAAGCUCGGAAGCAGAUUCAAUAACACGUCCUCUGCCAGUCCCUUUGCUAAUGUCAAGGCUGGAACAAACGUAUUCGGGAGCUCAAGCUCUACCUUGCAAGGAACAAGCGCCACAUCUUCCGCCAGCCCCUUUGCCAACGUUGAUAAGAACACCAAUGUCUUUGGUGGCAGCCAGCCCUCAGCAUUCUCAAGAGGAUUCGAAAACACUUCGUCUGUUAGCCCAUUCGUCACUAUGGCUGCCUCUACCAACGUUUUUGGUGGCGAGUCAGCAAAGGAUGUCUUUGGAGGUGAAUCGACCAAGAGUGUUUUUGGUCAAGGCAGCUCCACAACCACAUCGACCUUUGGCGGCUCGGCCUUUGGAGGAGCAGGAGGAGGAUCUCCUGAAUCGACUUCUGGAAGUGUCUUUGGUACCCAAUCAGUCGUUGGAUCCGUCCCAGGCGCCAAAGCUUCCUCGAAUGCCGGAACUAAAUUCUCCCCAGCCAGCCAGACUGGGACCGCUGGCAACUUUAGCACCUUUGGCGCAAAGAAUACAUUUGGUGGCAAGGAAGGAGGAUUCGGCACAGGAUCCUUUAUGUCUCAGGAAGGGAGCCAAGAACAGGCUGACUUUGGUGAUUUGCUUUCACAGGACAACCACGGCGAAGACGACGAUGCAGAGCAGCCAGAAGAAUCAGAGCGCACCUUUGGUGCCGGUGUAUUCUCGAACGUAGAUCAGAUCGAUGUCCAAACGGGAGAAGAAAACGAGAUGACCAUCUUUCAGACCAAAGGAAAACUCUAUGCUGACACGGAAAAGACGCACUCCUGGAAGGAACGCGGCAAGGGAACAUUUAAAGUCAAUGUUGGCAGGAGGGAUACCAAAGUGGCCAGACUCGUGAUGCGAACGGACGGUGUGUUGCGUCUCAUUUUGAACGUUUCGAUCUUUCCAGAAAUGAAUGUGACCAUCACGGGCGACAAGUACAUUCGUUUUAUGGGCGUUGAGGAGGGAGCACUGCUUCCUUUUCUGCUCAAGGUGAAGGAUGCUGCCACAGCGGAGGAGGUUGUUCAGAACAUUAACCGAGCAGCCGAGCGGCAAGUCAAGGGCAAGGGUCAGGGUGACGACGAUGAAUACGAAGGAUACAUCUAUGAGGAAGCAGACGAAGAUGACGACGAUGAUGAUGAGGGUAACGAAUAUGGCAACGACCACGCCAACAACGAGGAUAUGGAGAACGACGAGGACUAUGAAGGCGAGGAAGACGAGGACGACGAGGACGACGAUGAUGAUGAUGACGAGGCGAUCUAUGUUGAUGAGGACGACGAGGAGGACGCUGAAGACAAUGCCACUAUUAGCCUGGCAGAAUUGUUUUCAGGUGCAGGCAAGUAG